GAGCACAGAUCACCUGGGAGGAGGUGCAGCACCAGGAUCACCAGGACAGUCAGAAGAGGUUGACAGGAUGGCGAAUUUUAAGGGUCAUGCGCUUCCAGGCAGCUUCUUCCUGCUCUUUGGACUCUGGUGGUCAGUGAAAUACCCACUGCAGUAUCUCAGCCAGAAAGUAAAUAAAAAAUCCUACAGGGCUUACUGUUUCCAGCGUGUGGAUGCCAUUGAAGGGGGAAUCAAAAUCCUCUUUUCUCUAAUAGGGAUGCUGGCGGAACAGUUUGUCCCCGAUGGUCCCCACUUGUACCUGUACAGUGGGGAGAAGCACGACUGGGUGAAGCUGAUGAACUGGCAGCACACCACCAUGUACCUCUUCUACGGCCUCUCCGGGGUGGUAGAUGUCCUCACCUACAUGUCCCAGCUGGUGCCGCAGGGUCUGGAUCGUCUUAUGUUGGCUGUGGCCGUGUUUGUUGAAGGUUGUCUCUUCUAUUACCACGUCCUUCACCGCCCCAUGUUGGAUCAGCACAUCCACUCCCUGCUGCUCAUCACCAUCUUUGCUGGGGCUGGCAGCAUCCUACUGGAGGUUUUCCUGCGUGACAACAUUGUCCUGGAGAUGUUCCGAGCCCACAUCACCAUUGUCCAGGGAACAUGGUUCUGGCAGAUCGGUGUUGUGCUGUUCCAGCCAUGGGGAGGUCCCGUGUGGGAUGAGAACGACCACAGCAACAUCAUGUUCCUCACGAUGUGCUUCUUCUGGCACUGGGCAGCUGCUGUGGCCAUCCUGGCUGUGAACUACACCCUCGCUUACUGCUGUAUCCAGAGGCUCCAGAGAGGCAGUGUAGAGCCCUACAUCAGCCUGGGGGUCCGGCAGCAGAAGUGUGACAGCAGCUCCCAAGCCGCCUUCUUGAAUGGCUCCGAUGAAGAGUGAAGAGUGUGCAAACUCCUGCUCCAAAUACAUGAACAGUCCAUUUUCCAGAAGAAACAAAUAGAAUGAAAUAUUUUUGUUUUGGAAGAGUGAGAGGUGCCCCUGUGGUUCUGCUGGGGGGAAGACUGAGCUCACAGGGGUGGCUGCUCUCCAUCCAUACCCAAAUACCUCUGGCUCAGACACAGGCACAGCUUGAAGUGAUUUUUAGCAGCAAAACAAAGCAUGGAUAUUCAAUGUGACAGGAUUACUUCAUUCUAUGGGCUCCUCUGUAUGUUCCCAUAGGGAUAGAGAGCGUCCUUUGGCCAGCUGACUUUUCCAAGAGCCUGGAGGCUGUGACCUGCUGUGACUGAAGUCAGGGAAAUCUCCAGGCUGAGGUCAUGCACCUCUGGAGCAAGGCAUCACCCCAAGGAGGACGAGUAAGAGAGUGUUGAAUGUGACAUUAUGGCAAUUUUUGCAACACCAGGGCUUGAUUGUGCACAAUACAAAUGUUAUUACUGAAGCUUUGAACUAAAGAGGGGUUUUGUUAAUAAUUUUCAUGUUAACUUAAAGGCUAAGAGAGUAAAUAAAUGUGAAAUAAAAA